UCAUAAUCGCUGAGAAGGUUGUUUCGCUCAUUUCAAGCGCUUACGGCUAAAGAUGUUAGAUGGUUGUACCGUGUGCAAAAGUUGACAGCUGAGUAGGAAAUAAGUUUUAUGGAGUGAAUUAUUCCAAUACAAUACAAGGAUUUAUAUGAAGUGUUACCGUUAAACAAAUUGAAAAUGUCGAUUUUGACUUUAGAGGCUAAACUAGAGAGACAGGACUCUUCAACGCCAUGGGGUUUUCGAAUGCAGGGAGGAAAGGACUUCAGUAGUCCAAUCACGAUUGCCCGUGUGAAUCCUGGAAGUUUAGCCGCUAAAUGUGGGCUUCAACAAGGAGACAUAAUACUGAAGAUUGGCAGCAAGUCUAGUGAUACGCUCAAACACAAAGAUGCACAAGAUGCCAUCGUAUCCUAUGGCAACAAACUAGACCUUCUUCUGCAGAGAAUACGAGAAAAGAAGAAGACACAAAAUGGUUUUGGAGGUGGAGGUCCUACAGCUCAGAGUUAUGACACGUUCGCGGCCCCAACCAUUAGCUCUUACGGAUCUGGAGGCCCGCCCACCGGCCAGCAAAACCAGGUGUACAAUGCCGCACCUAAGCCAUUCAACUCAGCUCCAAGCAAGCCAGCACCGUACAACCCAGGCGCUGUUGACAACAUUUCCAAGGCCACAGCCACUAUCAAUCUAAGUCAGCCUAGUUACUCCAAGUACCAGGAGGUGGAGGAGCCCGCGGGUCAGCCUUCACACCAGUCUCGCUCCUUCAAGUUCCUCCAGAACACUCUUGACAGUGGCCAGGAGCCACCAUCAGCCCUGCGCCCCACAGUUGACCUUCGACGGAGCCCCUCCCCUAACACUAUGGUAGGGGCAGGCACCAAGGGCGGGGUGGUGAAACAGUUCAACUCUCCCUCAGGGCUCUACUCAGCCACCAGCGUACAAACACAGAUGAAUAUACCUGCCAACAAUGACAAUGGGACAAAUGGACAACAACAGGGUGAGGAAGUUCAAUAUGAUGCUCAGGGUAAACGUUUGUACCGCCCGUCAGAAACAUUUAAGCUCGUGCGUGAACAGGAGCAUCCAGAGGAAAAAUCCACGGACGAAAAACCGCAGGAAGUUAAACAAACACGCACAAUUAAAGUUUUAGAAAAACAACUGGGUGAGGGAUCUGCCCCAGCCCCGGCCCCUGCAAAGGCCCCUGCAAAGGCCCCUCCAGCUCCCAAGCCUGGAGUGUGGGCACCAGGCCAAGGUGCCCCAGCGGCCCCUCCUGCUCCACCUGCCAAGGCUUUCAACCCCUCAGCUGCCCCACCUUUUACCCCAGCAGCUGCCCCACCUGCAUCGCGCCCCCAGGCCCCUAAAGCUCCCCCCUCAAAACCUACGGGUGUGGGGGCUAUGAGGGGUAAGAUUGGGGACGCUGUGGUGAAGACAGGGGCAGACGCUGGCAGGGUGCCCAUAUGCCAUUCCUGUGGUGGACCCAUUAGAGGGCCAUUCGUGACUGCGAUGGGUAAGAGUUGGUGCCCAGAUCACUUCAUCUGUGCCAACCCUCGCUGCGGCAACAAGCUGAUGAAUAUGGGCUUUGUCGAGGAAGGUGGAUUUAUCUACUGCGAGAAGGACUACGAGCUUUACUUUGCCCCACACUGUGCCAAGUGUGACGCCGCUAUUGUCGGGGAGUGUGUGAAUGCGCUGAACAAGCAGUACCACCCCGCGUGCUUCCUGUGCUUCAAGUGCAAGCAGCCGAUUGGAGGGACACAGUUCCACCUGGAGGAUGGACACCCAUACUGCGAGAAUGACUGGCGCCAGAUGUACCAGACUAUGUGCACAUCCUGCAACUUCCCCAUUGAGCCCGGCGAUAAGUGGGUCGAGGCAAUGAACAACAACUACCACUCGGAGUGCUUCAACUGCUCUACUUGCCAGGUGAAUUUGGAGGGUCAGGCAUUCUAUGCAAAGUCUGGAAAGCCGUACUGCAAAAAGCACGCCAGUUAAACGUGGCAUAUCUAGUGGUGUUUAACCUAGGAAUCUUCAAGUUGUGUGUAGCCUUCUUUACCUUAGUGCAAGACCUUCCUACCCAUGUAUGCAAACAAUUACAUGUGUUAAAAUAUUGAAAAAUAUAACAAUUGAGUAAUUGUUAUAUGUUUUGAUGAUCAAUUAAUCUUAUGAAAUGCCAUAAAGUAGGAAUUAGGAUUGAUUUCGUUUAAGACUUAAAUGAAAAAAAAAGUAAGUUUUGAUAUUUUAAUUAAUUGUAAAUACCCGUUACAAAACAAAAAAUGAAUUAGAUCACGCUUCAAUCUUACAGUUGUUAAAACUAAGUAUUGUCAGACUGACACUGAUAAAAGGAAUGCGUGUUGAUGAUGGGGAUAUUACUUGAUGUACAGAAGCUAGAGUAGGGCAAGUGUAAUGUGUUCAUAACGCUAGAUUUACCACAGUGCUCCUCAAAACUAUUGAGUGCUACUAGAAAAGGAAAAUAAUUCUGGCUUAUAGAAAAUCAACUGCACCUUACUGCAUGUUUUUAGACUUGCAUGUACUUUAACCGGCAUUGUUUAUAUCACUUAAGGGAAAAUUGUAGAAUUUUACUAUGCCAUUCAUGGUUAUUAUGCAUAAAUAGAAAAUUGUAUAUGUGACUGCGCAAGAACAUAGUGGUAAAUCUUAUGAAGCCUUCAGUCGGUGUAAUAAUGACUCGUGUUCACAUAUAUUGCAUUUUGUUAGCUACACCUUAAUUAUCAUUCUAGCAUUUAUAUGUUGUAGCAUUAUUAUGCUUCAAUAAGUGUUAUCAUGUAAUUAUUUAUGUAGGCAUUGCCCAAUGGUUUUCUUGUGUAAACAUUUGAUGUGCAUAUUUUUAAACUAGUAUUUAUUGUAACCUCCUUUGCUAUAGUCAUUUGAUGUUUUUACACGUUUUAGGUCAUGGGGUUGAUUGAAUACAGCAUAAUUUUUGUACAAUUAAGAAUAUAUUAUACCUUUUAUAACCUUGAUUAUUAUUACACAAUCAGAUGUUGAUCAUUUUCUGUAUGGACUUUUUAUACAUUCGUUUGUGAUACGUUUUGAUAAAUGCUUUUGAAAUAGGCCAUUGAUUCUUACCGCACAUUAUGGCUCAUUCAAAUCAUGCAGUGUUAGAAUCUGGCAUCAGCUAUCUAUGAAUGUGCCUUUUAGAAUAUUUUAUACCACGCUAUAUCCAAUCUUCAUAUCCUCGAUAUUCACGAUAAAAACAUUGCAAGCCAUCACGAAACUGUAUGUGUAUCCUAAAAAAUCACCUAAAUACGUGGGAAUGUUUGUUUUUUGUUUUAAUUUAUACAUGUAGAUAACAUAGGGUAUUGCAAUGUACAGAAAUGUUGUAUUUAUGUCAUUGUAUACAUGUAAACAUGAAAUAUACCAUUGCUUUACUUUGUUUUACUGUUGUUAUAUUAUAUACGUGAACACAUUUGGAUAAAUGUUAGUGCUAGGAUUGGUAAUGUUUGAACAAUUGAUGGGACAUACCACAUUUCUUAAUUCUGCAUAUCAAGAGCCAGUGCCUUUAAUAAAAACGUGAAUCUCAAUGUUGGUAAAGCCGUGUUCAUGACUCGAUUACAAUCAAGCCUUUGUUAUUUUGCUUUGAUAUUAUACGUUAUAUAACACCAUAGGAAAUAUUACUCGACAGCAGCAAUGAAAUUUCAAUUUUGUUUAUGGAUGUUUUUCUAUGCAAUUGAACAAACAUGUAACACCAUUUGGUAACAUUAGCCUCUGCGUAAAUUGAAAUGUGCUUUUUAUUAACUUAUUGAUUCUAAUACAAUUUUGUUACUUGUUAUCUAUCUAUUAAAACUUGGACAUCUUUAAUGAUUGUUAAUGUGCUGUAUGAUUUUGAGUUUUGUUAUGCUUCCAUAAAUAGUUGACCUUGGAUUGAUGUAACAAUAAUAAACUUUAAAAUAAAAUUAUCAUACUUUG